CAGCAUGAGUAGCAUCAAACAGAAGGACAAUGUGAAAACUGAGAAGCGUAAAAGGGGUAUGGACAAAGAAAGGCACAGGGAUAAACGGUCAGAAGUCGUUGAUGGCGCUUCCGCCGAUAGAAGUCAAGAAGAAGAGAACCGUAGAAAGAAAAGUCAAAAAAAGAGGGAUCAGUCCGAACACGAAUACAAGCAUAAAGUUAGGUUGUUGAAUGAGCCGACCGAAACGAACACUUAUAUUCAGCUGGCUUUAGAGCUACAAAAAAAGCGCGAGCAGGGGUUGCUAGACAACGUGAAGGACGAACAAGAAGAGUUUGUUGAGUCAGAGAGCGAUACAACGGAAGAUUCAGAUGGGGAAAUGGCAAUAGGGAUAUCCGGCCAAUUUUUUAAAGUCCUUUCGAAAAUAAAUACGAAACAUCCGGAUAUUUAUGACCGAGAAAAGGUUUUUUUUCCGGAAGUAGAUGGUGAAAAGCCGAAUACAGAUGAAGAAGGGGCAGCUGAGGGCUCUAGUGAAAAUAAAGUGGUGCCGAGCGAUAUCCAGUGCGAGGGAGAUAGAGGUACUGAGACAUAUGUAGAACAGCAAGAAAAGAUUAAGAAGGAAUUACUGGAAGCAGCAUGGAAGAACGAGGAAGCCGACGAGGAACUGCUUCUUUUGAAAUCAUCUGAGUCCAGAUUGAACAGUAACGUACUAGAAGACGACUUAGAGGCGAAUCAAUCUGUCCUUGCUGAUAAAAAAAAUGAAUGUACAGACCAGCUGUCAAAGCCGGCGGAUCUAAAAAAAGAUGUGGGUCAGGUUGACGAAAAUGAACAGUUUCUGCGCGACUAUAUUCUUCAGAAAAAGUGGAUUGGAAAGGGACAGGAAAUGUUUGAUGAAGAAAUGGAAAAUCAAGACUAUGAAGCGGUUGAAAAACAAGAUGACUUCGAGCGAGUCUAUAACUUUAGAUUUGAAGAAGCGAAUGGAAAUCGGAUCAUUACUUAUCCCCGUAAUAUUGUAUCUGCCAGAAUCGAGAAGAAAAGAAGAAAAGAAGCGAGAAAGCGCCAGCGCGAACGAAAGCAAAGUAAGAAGGAAAAACUUGAACAAGAAAAAAUAAACAUGAAAAGAGCAAAGAAAAAGGAAAUAAUCGAACAAGUUAUAGAACUGAAACGAGAACUCGCCGACUUAAGCAAAGCUGACUUCAAGGAUGACUGCGAGGACUGGGAUCCAGAAGAGCAUGACCGUGUUAUGGGAGAGCUAUUCGAUAAUCAAGAACAUUCAGAAAAAUCAGGCAAAAAAGUCAAAAAACCCAUUUUCCAAGAUGAUAUAUACAGCAUAGAAAAACUUCAACAUGCAAAGUCGUGGAUGGAACUCUGUAGACAGAUCUCUUCUAAAGUUCAAAACCCGAAAUCAGAAAAAAUUAAUCAAGCCAUCGAAGAGUAUGAAAACCUAGAUUAUGAAGAUAUGCUGGGAGACGAGCCAGUUAAGUUUGCAUACAUACAGGUACCUGCUAUCAACUAUGGGCUAACGUCAGAACAAAUAUUAACCAUGGACGAUAAAACUCUUCAAAAAAUUAUCCCUAUGAAAAAGUUAGCACCAUAUCGAGAAGACCAUAGAAAGCACAAAAAAAAGACGCAAACCGCAUCUAAAUAAUCAGAAGUUUUGUAUAUAAAAUACAAUAAACAUGUUUUCCUAGUCAAUCUUACCAUUAACCUCUUCAGAACCUGGUAUUGUCUUAAAAAUUGUCUAUGUCUAUGGCCUCUUUUUUAUCUCAGUUUGAGAUACUCCAAACGGGCUACUCAGGCCUCACUGAGAGCCAAUUGCCUAUUCAAUUGCCAUGGACUAAAGUCUAUCAAUGGCUGUCUGACUGCAAGAUCUCGAAACCAGGUAACGAUUGGAGGACAAAAAACCAACAUCUACAAAAAGAAAUAAGCAAAUCUCUACAUGAAUUAAUGACUAAAUAUGAGACGACCUGCUGUGAACUAGCUGAAGAUCGACAGCAUGCACUCAAGGAGUGCCUUUCAAAAGCACACCGUUUUAAAUUUGCAAGCAACUCACCAAUGACAUAUUUCGACUGUGUUGCAGUAUUAGAUGCAUUGCUAAAGUACAGCGAAGAACAGAAAAACAAAAAAUUAUUUGGUACUUACUCAUCGAUAACUCUACGCGCUUGGGAAGCUUAUACAAAACAAUUCUCUAAAGACAACAUGCAUUUUGUCCAUUCUGCAUAUUUAAUUCAACAUGUCAUUAAAUAUGAGCUUCCAAUGCUCAAUGCUAGAAUUAAAAAAAAUAUAGAACGGUUAAAGUUGUACCAAACACAAAAAUCAAGUCUCUCUAACCAUUAUGCCAAACUUCACCAGCAAUAUGUAGCACAGUGCAAGCGUCAUUCCUUGAACCCAGUACCUGUUGAUGUCAGUCUUGAUUCAUCCACAUUAGAAGAUAUACUAAAUACUCUUGCGAAGGAAAAACAGUGUUCAUUGUGUAAUCUGAUCACGACACAUUUUCAGUCUAACUCACAAAAACUGAAAGCGUGUACCGAGUUUUUCAGACAAGAAACUGAGGAACACUUUCCGAUACAAAUAGAUUUUUUCUAUCUUUCGAAAAUCAUAGAAGGUGAAUUCACAGUCAACGAGAAAGAAAAUCAUAAGCUCGAAUUAGUCUCACUCAUAGACAGCAGCGCUGAUUGUCCCUUAAAAUCUGAAAAUUCUGAGCAAAACGAAUAUACAGAUCAAACAAUCUCGAAAGAAACCUACCAAAACAAGGAUAAGGAAUGUAAAUGUUCGCUUUCUCAGUUACUCCAACCUCAGCUUUCAGAUCAGUUCCAAUCAGAUGCCUGCAAAUUCUUAUUUUUUUUAAAUGGGGAAUUGGAAUUUUUAUUGCAUUUCUUGAUUCAAAAACAUCACGAAAUAGAGUCUCUGAAAGCUCAUGAUAAAGCCAAUUCCUAUUUAUUCGACGUAUUGAAGUAUUGUCCACUCACUCAGCUAAAUAUGCUUGAACUCGAUGACAAACUAGCUGCAAUAGACGAACACAUCAAAUGCCUCAAUGAUGCACUAAAGGUAAUUACAAACGAGCAAACAAAGGAAAACGUCUUGAUCGAGUACGAAUAUAAUCGAAUUAAGAUAACUUGUCUGGCAUUGGUAAAAAGUCAUCAAACAAUGAAAAACACACACAAAAAACUUGAAGACCAUUGUAAGAAAAUUUUAGAGACUGAACAUAUUAUCAAAAGCUGCCGAGAAAAAUAUGAGGAUGCUAAAUCUGCAACGGCGGAGCUCGCGAGCUCGUUAGAAAAAGCGUUGUCAGAGUAUUUGAAAGGGAGACCGGUCAAGAUUCGUAUUCCGACAGAUUAUUGAUGAACAUAGCGACAUUCUCAAUAAUCUCCAUUUUUCUAUUACAAAAUGCUGCUAUCAUCAUCUACGCGGUAGAAUUUGAGACUCAGAUGAGUCUGGUGAAAAUUCAUUCGAAUCUAUACAGAAUAAACUAUGUUACGUUAUAUUGAAUGCAUUUUGUGCAGAAUUUGGCAGCUAUGAUCUUCAAUGUGGAUAAUAACAAGAAUAUUACGCAUUUCCGAAUACAAAUCAAACCAGUACUUUUGCAAUGUCAAGCAGAUUAAGCUAGUGGGUUUUAUGUGUAUGGUCUUCGUUGGGAUGCACUGAAAACGUGAUAAAGAACCUGUGAGUGCCAUUUGCCUACAUGCCGCUUCGUUCAAUAUCGUGUCAGGUCUUGCAGGUUAGAAAAGCGCUGUCAAGCUGUGCCCACAUGGAAUUAAAGUCUUCAGCGAGAGGGCUCGUGCACACAAUUUCUGGGUAUCUCAGCUGCCAAGCGGGAUAGCCACAAGUGAAAGGAUGCGAAUUGAAGUUGAUAAUUACUUUGUUUUCUGGCCAUGCCUUGCCGUUUACGCGAGUUAAAAUAGCAUGAAUUAGAGCCUGGUCAAUAUUUGCAGGACUCAGCUUAUCUCUUAGAACACCCCUGGCUAAUAGUCUGGUCAGCUGAACGAGGGAGUCUUUGGAGUCUUCUGGGCCAGAAAAAGUGAUUUGAACGGUAUCCGCCAGCUCGUAUUCGGUUGGUGGAUUAUCAUUUUUUUCAAAAAUGCUAUCUUUACAAGUAGAUAGCUUUUCAGCGGUUAUCGAUUCAGUAUAGUUAUUGUUACAAAAAUUGCUAAUUACAGGUAUUCGUGGGUAGAAUUUAUCAUCUUCGUCAAGGUCUUGACCAUAAAAACUUUCAAAUUCCGUCAGGAUCUUGAGUUUGUGAUUGAGAAGUCCCCACGAAGUAAUAGGCUCAGCUGACAGAGCUCUAGCA